GAAACACAAAGUACCUUGUCACAAACAACUACUUAACUACAUCAUUGAGUACGCUCGUGUCAGUGGAGCAUUCUACAUUCUUGUCAAUCGAAGGCCGAUUUUUUUUACUCCUUUAUAAGACUCGACGUUCGUCUUCACAUCGAAUUAUUCGCCGUGUCUUAUACGUGUCCAAUAUAUCUAGCACUUGUAUCAAAAUAAUUAAUAUUUGUAUUAAUCAUGUUUUCUCAUAGCCUCAAUGUUCAAAUAAAUAUAAGGUACUUACAAUUAACAAAAUAAAAAGUUGAAAUCUUACUUAUAAACUACAAACAUAAUUAGUAAAAUUAAUAAUCAUUUUGAUACUAAAACCAUAAUGGUGUGUCAGAGUUUACAGUCCAAAAUUGUAUUAUUGAUGAUAAUUAAAUGUUGUGCUUCAGAAAAUGACGAUGAUUCUAAGGGGCCAGUUUUUACGAUAUAUCCAGAAGUAACUCAAAUAAGGGCGAAAGAAAACACAUCUGUGAAACUUGUAUGCAAAAUUGAUUUUAAUAGUGUCAGAACUAUUUUGCAUGACGGAUUUAUUUUGUAUUGGUUACAACAACAAGUGAUCUACCAACAAGAAAUGAACGUAGCAAGUACAAUAAACCUUAUAAUCCGUGAAGUUGGAACAUAUAAUACAAAUAUGUUAAAGCACCACGUAUAUCUGACACCAACAUUUGACAACAGCCAAUGGUUCUGUUGUGUCAGGGAUGGCCUUGGCAAAAAUUAUCGUUCCAGAAUUAUUACGAUUAGUAUUUUUAACAAUAAAACUGAAGUUGAAAAUGAAGAUAUAUUCCGUUUUAAUGAAACUACAAGUUUCAGAACAAUGAUAAAUGUAACAGAUGAUGAUGAUGUUACUACUGAUCCUGAUAAUCAAGAUAUUUAUGAAAAACAAGAUUGGUUAGGUCCGGUAGUGGCUGUGUCGGCAGGAGCAACUAGCGCAGUGAUCAUUGGCGUAUCAUGCUGGUACUGCAGGAAAAUGAAAAAAGCUGUACGUUCAGAUGAAGUACUCGAAGAGAAUCAAGAGGUUUAUUCCUACGUGCCAAUAGAAAUAACGACUCAUUCUGUAGCGCGGAUGCUUGUGGCGACAAACACUAAACUUGGAAGUAAUUCAUUUGUACCACACCUUCCUACACGAUCGCAGAAUGAUUAUAUAUACGAUUAUGCACUGUAACAUUAAAUUACUACAUAAUUGUUAACCAUCUUUCAAUGUAAAACGUAAUCUACAUUUUUUUGAUUAACCUAUUUUCAGAAGUAAGCUUUCGUUACCCGCAAAACUAGUACUUGUAUUGUAACCACACUCGUUCAUUUCAGCAAAGAGAAUCCAACCCUGUGCCCAUUUGUAGAGACGGUCCGUCAUCAUUAAGACACGUUCUUUAGGGGACAAAACCUUAAGAGUGCUCCUACUACAUACAGGGUCUUAGAGACUUCGUAACGAAUACUGAGGGCGAUGAUUCAGACCAUGAUGCUGAAUUAAUACCAAGUUGAAUUUUCCAUCGCAAAGUUCAUAAUAUAUUUCCUGUGUUUUUUAAUUAUUUUCAAUUCUAAACUUUGCGAUGAAAAAAUCCACUUAAUAUAAACUCAGAAUAAUGACCUGAAUAAUUUCUCUCAAUAUUUAUUACGAUGUCACUUACACCCUCUAUGUUAUAUACUUCUACCGAAAAUCGAUAACGAGCACUUUAAAAAAUAUUACUUAUUUCGUCUAGAGAUCUAUGCACCUACCAGGUACUACCCUAAUUGGAAAUAUAGUCGUCAAUUUAAUGUAAUGUGAGCACGAUAAAAUUAAUAUUUUUGUAUCACCGUCUGGGUAUGUAAGGAGGCCUAUAUUGAAACAGCUUGUAAGCAAUUGUUUACAUUGUUACAAUAGUAGUUGGAAUUAUAUGUUCUUCUUAAAAUAAUUUUAGAUUUUGUUUUUAAUAUUUUUUUGUUUAACUGCUAUGAAUAUAAAAAUACGUUCAAACCUGUAUACCAACUAGUCAAAUCAGUUUCUUUAUUAAAAUACAUAAGCAAGUUACAUGGUAUGUGUCGUGUGUGUGUAGUUAGAAGUCGUUACAUGAGCCAU